AUGGAGUAUCUGGAGGAAAAGGUGGCAGCCAUGGAAACCACCCUCGCAGUGAUGUCGAGGGUGAUGGAGCGGCUGGCCCCCUUGGUAGAGGAACCACAACCCCGGGGGGAAUCGGUGUGGAGUGCAGAGGAGAGGAGCGACCGGGGACCCGGAGCACAGCCUAAAACGCAGGCGAGUUGGAGAGCCGGGGCAGAGAGUGAUGAGGAGGAAAGACAACCGCGGGGCCUAACGCUAACGUCCCAGCAGACGCUUCUGGUGCCCGGCACAGGGCGAUACGGAUUGCCCCGGAGCAGCAUGGGCUCCAGGGAGGACCACUGCGAAAACCCAUUGGAACUUACAGAAGAAUUCAUUCAGGAUUUCAAUGACUCACUAGAAACAGAAAGAAAAGAGAAAUUCACAGAACUGGCUAAAAAAAUGCUUGCGAGAUGCAAGAGGCGAUCUGGUCUUACUACAUUAGGUUGUGGGAAGCAUGUGGAUCUUCCAUUAGCAUGGACUGAAGCUAUUAUGUUAUCGCAAUGUAGAGGAGAAAUCAAUGAAGAAGCUCUUGAUAUUCUCCUAAUUUCCUUGGACCAUGCUCCUGUUGCUGCAGAUCAUAUCCCAAUUUUAUUUUUUAUCUCAGAGUCCAUAUUGUAUAAACUCUGUUAUGAUGCAGUCAAAAAACCGUAUCUCUUCUCAUGUGAAAUCAAGUUCUCCAAGCUUGGAUUUUUGGCGCUUUUAAGACUUCUUCUAAUACAUUUCUUUGAUGGUCAGAAUUUUUCUGAAGAACACAAAUCCAGGCUUCAUACUGGCUUAAAAGCACUAGCAGCUUGCGAAGCUUGCUACCAACAUUACCCAAAUAUCCUCUUCAUGGUGCAUUUCAUGUUGAAGGCUGGAGAAAUUAUCUGUGAAAGAGUGGUCCUUUCUGAUUCAUCAUUAGCACCUCAUGCAGGUUUAGAAGAAGAGCAGGAAGGAUUUGAUGGCACAUCACCCAUGAGUAUUGACAGUGCAGCUGAAUUAAACCCUGAACAAAAGCAGUUCAAAAUUAAGCCAUUUCUCUGGCACAGCCUUCUUGCUUGGGUUUGUGUACAUAACAGCUGCUCCGAAAUAAAUGAAGUGCUUGGUCAUGUACUAUUCUAUAAGGAACAGCUUCAUCAGAAAGACUGGUUGGAAUCUGUACUGAGCUUGAUGGUUCUUGGAGAGGCUGCCAAAUUGAGUCUUCCUUGCUUGAAAGUUUUAAUGGAUUUAAUGAAAGAUUUUAUUUCAAGCUCAAUACUUCUUUGUAAGCAGCAAACGAGUGACAAGGAAAGCUUCUCAUGUUGGCAGUGGCAAGUGGCAUACAUAUACACCUGUAUACUGAAAGAAAUUUCUUUACAUGGCCUUAGUGCAGAUUUGCAAAAAACUGCUUUUCUUGGAUUCUGUGAUUGCAUCAGGGAGCGUAAAGAUGACAAAGGAUUAAGAGGAGCAAGUUUUCUUGAUCUUCUUUGCUACGGCUCUUCUCCUGAUAAUUAUCAUGAUCCAUUCUGGGUUAUUCGUUAUGGUGUGAUCUACAAUCUAGUUCUGCUGCGGAAUGAACUUUCUGGGCACGUGAAUCAAGAAGGAUUGAGGAAUGCUGCCUGGAGAGCUUUACAGAAACAAAAAGACAUUGAAAAGGAGACCCGAGUCCUGAAUGCUGUAAAAGUAGCUGAGACUGAGGCCAGUGGUCCAAGAGACCCCUUCCUUGCAUCCAAAAGAAAAACUUUAUCAACUACUGGAGACGGUCCCUUAGCCCAGCACAUUGGAUGGAGAAUCGCCACUUCCAUGUGCCAUCACUUCUUGCCACCAAUUGGUCCAGAUGUUCCCUUGCCAAAGGUGCCUGUCCAGAAGCAACAGUUGAUGCCAUACCGAGAAUCAGUGUUUAAGGAGAAAAAAGCCAAACGUCUCUCUUUAAGGGAAGAACUUUUGCAAGCUGGAAUACCCAAAUCUCCCUAUCCUGAUUAUUUUACUCGCAUAGAUAUGGAGCUAAGGAGAAUUGUUGAGGUUCAGUGGGAAAAGGAAUUGCUGCUCCAGCUUAAGCUAGAAGAAAAACUCUUGGAAUUAGAGCUCAAACAGAAACAAAACCUGGCAGAAGAGCACUUCAAGCAAGUAAUGAAGUGGCGAUUAGAGAAGCUGCACAAGACAACGAAACCUUAUGAGCUUCCUUUUAGGCAGGAAGAUAAAGAUGAAUUCACUAAGACAAGCAGCAGGAUUCAGCUGGUCAGGUGCCCAUCUGUCGCAAACCUGGACAUCAUCUCUCCUAGAGACUCCCCCCUCACUGAACAAUAUGUGUAACAAGGCCUAACCAUUUUUAAAAUUAAAAAAAAAUGGAAAGCUUGGGUUAGGAUGGAAAGGAUGCUCGAGUCAUUUCCUGCUGAUGUUGUCCAGCUCAAAAUUGUUUUUCCAGUUUCUUUGCCCUUGUGAUGUCCCAGUGGUGUUCUCCCAUCUUACUUAUCCUCUGUUCAGAAUUUCAACCCUCUGGGACUGAUUUUCAAUAAAAACAACA